CAUUUUUAAUAGCUCAAAUGAUCUUCACCCAAAUUUUCAUUUCAAGCGUUUUAAGCAUAAAGGCAGAGAAUUUAAAAUUAUUACAUAUAUUUCCCGACCAGAUGCUGCCACUUUCUUUUUGAUUUAUCUUUCAGCUUAUCAUUACCCGGGGGAUUCUUCCUAGUCUUGGUAACCUUCGGCGCACGACGAUCCCAUCCAAUUCGGUAUCGAACCAACAUCACGUUGAUUCUGGUGGGAGAGUAGUGUAAUGGCAUUGAACAAUAACCGCACAAUCCACAAAGCUGAACACGAGACUACUCAGAAAAUAGAUAUUCAAUAUUUAACGCGGAUAAAUACCUAACGAUGGAGAAGGCGCGGAGAAGGAAUUGAAUGGACUGGGUUUGAUCGGAUGGCAUGGCUCGUCCAUGCAGGCGUGGUCCAUCUCAAUGUUACUUUAUAUCUUCUAUUCAUAUUAAAUAUAUUGUUCUUUCUCUAGCCUAACCUUGUUCUACAUCAUGUAUUGGUAAUUGAUACGAUACAGUGAGUUGGUGUAGUCGAUGGUGUGACUUCCACGUAAGAUCUUAUAGAUUAGGCAGUUAUAUCAUGACAAAUUUAGGAUUAGGUCUAUUAUUAGAGCAGUACUAAUAUCAUAGUAGACCAUAAUUCUACACCUCCCUGUGAAAUUACUAAUGUAGAACUCAGUGUACGAAAUAUCUUCAAGGCAAUCAGUACAUUGAAACACUCCUACACUGAUGGACCAGAUGGUAUUCCAUCUGGCAUGCUAAAACAUGGAGGUGAUGAUAUGUGUGUUUUGCUUCUCAAAAUAUUCGCGAUAUCACUCUCUACAGCGUGUUACCCUAAUGCCUGGAAAACUACACAUAUCGUUCCCAAAAUAAAAACAGGACCUGAAACAAACGUUGAAAAUUACCGGCCCAUAAACAUAACUUCAGUGGUUUCCAGAGUGAUGGAAAAAGUAGUUAAGGCGGCUGUAGUCCAACAUCUACUUGGUAAUAAUCUCAUCUCAACCUCCCAGCAUGGAUUUCUUAGGUCCAGAUCAUCCGAUACAUGCCUAGUAGACUACCUGAAUGAUAUAACUCUGAAACGAGACAGCGGACUCUUUGUAUCAGUCCUAUUCCUAGACUUUAAGAAAGUCUUUGAUAAGGUCCCACACAAAAGGCUACUCCUCAAACUAAAGUCCUUGGGAAUACACAACCCACUGUACUCAUGGUUUGCUUCGUUCUUAACAGAACGUAAACAGAUGGUAAAGUACAAUGACUGUCUCUCGUCCCCUAGACCAAUCACCAGUGGAGUCAUCCAGAGAAGCGUAUUAGGUCCACUUUUGUUUCUUAUGUAUAUAAACGAUAUAUGUAACACCAUAGAAUUUGGGAAACCAUACUUAUAUGCUGAUGAUCUCAAAAUAGUAUACAGCUAUAAGCCUGAGACACUAAGCGAAAGUGUAUCCCAGAUCCAAAAGGACCUCAAUAACUUAACUAUCUGGAGUGAAAAAUGGCAAUUACCAUUUAACCUCAACAAGUGCGGGAUCAUGCACUUUGGAAAGCAUCCCUAUAAACCGCGACUUCACUUAAAUGAAUGUAGAGUCCAAACACUCGAAUCAGUACACGAUUUAGGAAUUAACUACACAGGAAGCCUGAACUUUGAAGAACAUGCCUCCUCUAUUAUUUCUAAAUCUAGACGGCUAAUUGGUUUUAUAAUGAAAAACUUUUUCACAACAGAGGGUAAACUUACUCUCUACAAAAUAUGUGUACGACCCUCCCUUGAAUACUGCUCUUUUGUCUUCUCUAAUAUGAAUAUCGCAGACAAGAUAAGAGUAGAAGAUGUUCAAAGACGUUUCACACGUCAACUACUAGGAUGUAACUGGAAUCUCGAUUACACAGACAGAUGUAAGCAUCUAUCUUUAGAACCUUUAUGGCACCGUAGGCUAAAAAACAAUUUAAUAUUUCUCUACAAAGCGAUAUAUGGGCUCUCCUUUCUAACCUCCUGCCCGACUGUCACCCACGACCCAGCCUAUAGACUUAGAAACAACGCAUAUACACUACUUACCGUAAAACACCAAAAACAAAUGCGUUGUAAGUUUUUUACAGUACGGUAUAGUGUAUUGUGGAACAGGCUGCCAAUGCCUAUCCGUAACUGUGAUACGUUUACCAGAUUCAAAAAGCUAAUAACCCUAUUUCUAGACUCCAAAGAGCUUCAACAUUUCCUUGAACUCCCGCCCACCGAUGUGGCACUUUAUUACGGACCGCCUAGUAUCUAGAAAGAACAAGAUUAUAACAAGUUCGACUGUUACUAAUACGAAUAUAACCAAAUCACAGAAUAUAUGGCUUAUCCUUUCCUAUUAUUCAUUGUUUAUUAAUCAUGGCCUUAUGCUCCUAACCCUCACUUUUAGUUCCCAAAUCUCUACAGGUUAAAUGUACAUUAUUCUUCCUAAAAGUCAUGUUUUUUUCUACUGCAAGUAGGCAGAUAGCUCAAUCUUAUGGAUGCUGAUCUACCAAGGCCGAUCAUACAAAGCUAAAAUUUGGCCACAAAGUAUUUUGAGUUUCUCAAUGCUUUAUUUGUCUUACCCUGAAAUCUUUUUUUUUCUACAAUUUUAUACCCUCUCAUAGUCCUUACUUCUUUAAACCAUUAGGCUUUUUCAUAGCAGUGUGAUAUACUAUAUGGACAUCUAACCCAUGAAACAGACUUUUCAACUAUAUGAUUUGCUUGUAACAUGGACCUAGUAGAGACAGUGUAUUCCAACUAUGGGCUUUGAUUAAAGCAGUAUUCAUACUUGCCACAAACGUAAGAGAGCCUAACAUCACAAAAGGAGGGAGAGUGGCGUUACUGACCAGCAAACAUGAUGGUGGGGAGACAAGUUCAAUCCACCCAUGUCUGUAGGGCAGAACAAUUCGUUUAAUUACGGCUUCUUAUGGUUUAGUGGGACGCCACGGACUUAAGGUAUUAUUGCUGAUUUAUCACGCAAAAUACUUCAUUAAAUCGUGUUACGAACGUUGAAUUGGUUUCACUUCCUACCCAGUCAUCCUAUUACAAGCAAACUAGACAAUUCGAUAAUAUACGAAGCCUACUCAAGACCCUAUGAUACCUAAAAAAUAAUAAUAAUACGAAAAAAGAUGAAAAGGGCUCCAACAGCUUCGAUAAAAAAAGGAAGAUAGUCAAUUGCAUAUCACAAUACUGUUUUUAGCACUAUAUUUUAUGACCACACAUAAUCUCAUACUUUCAGCUCCUUUCUGAAUUCCCUCCAUUUGUCAGUUGUAUGUCCACACAUACCCCUUAUGUUUCACAGAGUCAACAAACCAGCUGCUCUCCGUGGACUUCGACCAAAACGAUGUGCUUAAGGCUCUUAGCACCCUAAACAUGGAGAAGUCAACAGGACCAGAUGAACUACACCCCAAAAUCUUGAGACAUAUUGCCGAUUGUAUCGCGGCUCCACUGACUGUGAUAUUCAAUAUGUUACUUGACCAAGGUGUGUUACCUAUGAACUGGAAGGACGCCACCGUCAUUCCCAUACAUAAAACAGGUCCACGACAAGUUCCAUCGAAUUACGGACCCGUAAGCCUCACCAGUGUUGUAAUUAAAAUACUGGAAAGAAUAAUCAAACGGACCAUAGCGGCAUUUAUGGAAACCAAUAACUUGCUGAACAUGGCACAACGUGGUUUUAGAAAGGGUCUAUCCUGUACAACGAACCUCCUUAUAGCUAGGGAGUCCUGGAUUAGUGCGCUAGACAACGGAAACUCAGUGGAUGUUGACUACAUAGAUUUCAGUAAGGCUUUUGACAAGGUGCCAACUAAUAGACUGCUAUUGAAGUUGGCAAACCUUGGUAUUGCCGGACCUCUUUUAAAAUGGAUUAAAGAUUUCCUAGUAGGUCGUACGCAAAAAGUAAGAAUAAAUUCUAAGUGCUCCAUCUGGAGACCAGUACUUAGUGGAGUACCUCAAGGUUACGUCCUAGGUCCUUUACUUUUUAUAAUGUACGUUAAUGAUCUUACAAGUAUAGUACAGUCUCCAAUGUUAUUAUACGCUGACGAUUUAAAAAUUUGGCUAGUAGUAACUGGAGACAAAGACGCAUUUACUCUUCAGGCAGACUUAAAUAAUAUGAUAAACUGGUCUAAAGAGUGGCUGAUGCCUAUGAACUCGGAAAAGUGUGUCUACAUGCACUUGGGGGAUUCAAAGGUUAAUACGUACAACAUAGGGGAUGUGUCAUUACCCGUAGUCCGGUCUCAUAAGGAUCUAGGGGUGAAGGUGAGUCAUGAUCUUAGGACGACGGUCCAUUGCCGUGAGGUCGCAGUUAAGGGGUUUCGAACCCUCUGGGCUUUAAAAAGGACAUUCACUAAGUUAGAUACUACCAUGUUCACCACAGUAUACAAAUCCUUAGCGAGAUUUAAGUUAGAGAACUGCGCUCAGGCUGCAAGCCCCCGUUUAAAAGGUGACCCAGACAUACUAGAAAAAGUAUAGAGGGCAGCUACCCGUGCAAUUCCGGAACUCCGGGGUUUAUCAUACAAAGGGCGACCUGAAAAGCUGGACCUCUUUACUCUGUCCUAUCGCGGACUAAGGGGAGAUCUAAUUUUGAGGUACAGAAUACUGAGUAAUGAUUUCGGACCUAACGUAUUCUCUUCUUUUCUUCCCACUAGAUCGGGACAUCUCAGAGGACAUAGCAGGCGAGUAGAAAAGCCAAGAACGAACAAAAUACACGUGGCAUACAGGUUUUCGCACAGAGUCAUCAAUACUUGGAACCUGCUGCCUGAAGCAGUGGUGUCCACACCUUCAGUUGACUCUUUCAAGAGAAGACUGGACACUCACAGAAACAUACUAGAAAAGAAAUAACAUAGGCCGUAGGCCUUCUGUCCUUACUACACAAAUCUGAGUCUGAAUAUGAAUCUGCUCCCUCUUUCAGUCCCCUUGAGAUAUGGAACGGGUGACUUCAUCCUGCACCAUCCUUUAAGCCUUAGAUAUUCCAAAGGGAUAUAAGGUUGCGAUUUCUAGAAGCUCCCACCUUCAAUGGACCCAUCCUUGACCAUCAGUUGCAUAUUCGCAACGCGACUUUUAUGAAGCGCGCCAAUGGUGAUACUG